AUGGAUUAAGAUAAAGACCUACUUACUCAACCAUUGAUAUUUAAUAUAGCCUAUCCAAAAUCUAAAGAAUCAGACAUCUUUGCUUUUAUAAUAGAUGGAAAGUUGACUCUAUUGGAUAAUUGGAUACAUUAAUUUAGUAAUGUUGAAGAAAUUAUAAAUUAAAAAGAUUCUGAAGGUAAAACACCAUUAUUUUAUGCAUGGUAUGCUAUUCUUUAUGAUUUUAUAUUUAGUUAAUAUAAUUUCAAAAAUAUUGUUAUGUAUUUGUUAAUGUUAGGAGCAGAUCCAUUUCUAACAUCUAAAUAAGGAUUUAAUGUAUUCCAUAUUUGCACUUAAAGAGGAAGUCUUGAAUGUCUUUAAAUAUUAUUAUAAAUGUUUAGACAUAAAUAGAAUAAGAUCUAUUGGGAAAAAUUGAAAAUUGCAAUGAAAAUGUAUUAAUUUAAGAAAACUGAUUCAUAAAAAGGGUAAUUAAUUAAUGCAGAUAAACAUUUAAAAUAAGUUCAAUAAAGAUUUCUAUAGUUUUAAAAUGUUGUUAGUGAAUAAUAUCAAUAAUUUUUGGAUUAAAAUCUAUAAUAUUUUAGUAAAAUUAAUGUUACCAAAGAUCAAUUUGAUAGAAAUCCUAUGCAUUAUGGUAGUUUAUCAAAAUAUACUAAAUGCAUUUAAUGUAUUAAGUAACUAGCCUAAUUUGAUUUUGAAUCUUAAGGAUGGGAUUUAUUUUAUAAUAUUUUUAUGGAAGUCCAAUUACUAGUAUAAAGUGCCAAUAAAAAGAUAGAUCCAAGAUAAUACAAACCUUAUCAUGAACAAAUAUGCAAUUUUAUUAAUUAGUAGAUAAUUGAAUAAAAGCAAAAAACUUUCAUGAAUAAUAUUAAAAAAUUAUAAAAGGAAAUUUUGAAUUAAUAAGAUAGAGAUGGAUAUGUAAAUUUAAAUAUAUUCUAAGACACCAAUGCAUUUAGCCUCUUUUGCUGGAGAUUUUGCAGCAAUCUAAUUUAUGCUGUAAUUGGGAGCAGAUCCAAAAAUAAAAUGUAAAAGAAAAAUAAGAACUGCAUUAGAAUAUGCAUCAAAUGAUUCAGUAAGAAAAUAUUUGAUGAAUUUAAAUAAUGCUGUAAAUGAAGGAGAUGAUAAAAGUUUUACAUUAUUAGUAAAUUGUGGAUAGAGAGUAAAUGGAAAAUCAAGUAUAUAUGGGAUAACUCCAGUUCACAAAGCUAUCGAAUAAAUUCAUAAAUCUUCAAAUUAAACAAUGUUAAACAAAGUCUUAGAAAUGGAUGCAGAUGUAAAUGUAAUAGAUACAAAUGGAUGGACUCCUUUACAUCAUGCUGCUUUUUAUGGAUAAUUAUAGGCAAUAAGUACUUUAAUUGAAAGAGGAGCUUAUUAAUAAAUCUCAUCUAAUAAAGGAUAUUAUCCAAUCCAUGUUGCUGCUUUAAAUAAUUAGGCUCUGGCUAUUUAAUUAUUAAUUGAAAAUGGAGCCGCUAUUCAAGAGAAUUUUUUUGAUUAUUAAGAUAAUCAAAAUUGUACUCCUAUGCAUUUAGCAGCCAAAAAAGGUCAUGAUAGUGUUGUUAAAGUUUUAUUUGAAUUAGGAGCAAAUAUAUAUACUGUUGAUAAAAGAGAUUGGACACCUUUACAUUAUGCAGCAUUUUAUUAAAAUAAAAAUGUCGUUCAUUUAUUGAGUAGAUAUGAUGCUGAUGAAGAUCGAUAUUGUGCAAUGAGAACAAGUAAAGGAUAAACAGCUGAUUAAUUGACUACAGAUUCUGAAGUCAAAUUUGCAUUUAGGAGUAUAAAUUAGUUCUUAAUUUAGCAUUAUGGAGUGCAGCAAGAGAUGGAGACUUAGAUACAGUUAGAAAGCUAGUAACUUUAAAUCAUCCAAUAAAUGAAUAAAGUUAUGGAAAUAAAUUUACCCCUUUGAUUUUAGCCACAAGAGGCAAUCAUUUUCUUAUUGUUAAAUAUCUAUUAUCAGAAAAAGCAGAUAAACUAUUAAAAGACAAAUGUAAAAUAUUUUUAAAAUAAAAAAUAGAUGGGAACAGUGCUAUAGAUUAUGCUGAAAAAUAAGAUAAUUAGAAAAUAAAAGAAUUGCUAUAAGAAUAAUAAUGA